UUGCCAGCCCAGGUCUUCCCAGUCUUGCCCAGCUGGUGUGGUGCUCGUGUUUCCCCAUCUCGUCGUGGAGCGUCGCUGCCGAGUGGGCGCUAGUGUUCGCGUCGUCAUGGCUGGUUACGAAUACGUGAGCCCGGAGCAGCUGGCCGGCUUUGAUAAAUACAAGUACAGUGCUGUGGAUACCAAUCCGCUCUCUCUGUAUGUCAUGCAUCCAUUUUGGAACACUGUAGUGAAGGUAUUUCCUACUUGGCUGGCUCCAAAUCUGAUAACCUUUUCUGGCUUUCUGCUGGUUGUGUUCAAUUUUCUGCUUAUGGCAUACUUUGAUCCUGACUUUUAUGCUUCAGCACCAGGUCACAAGCAUGUACCUGACUGGGUCUGGAUUGUAGUGGGCAUCCUCAACUUUGUAGCCUACACUCUAGAUGGUGUGGAUGGAAAGCAAGCCCGUAGAACCAAUUCCAGUACCCCGUUAGGGGAGCUUUUUGACCAUGGCCUGGAUAGUUGGUCAUGUGUUUACUUUGUUGUAACUGUGUAUUCCAUUUUUGGACGAGGAUCAUCGGGUGUCAGUGUUUUUGUUCUUUAUCUCCUGCUAUGGGUAGUUUUAUUUUCUUUCAUCCUGUCCCACUGGGAAAAGUAUAACACAGGGAUUCUUUUCCUGCCAUGGGGAUAUGACGUUAGCCAGGUGACUAUUUCCUUUGUCUACAUAGUGACUGCGAUUGUGGGAGUUGAGGCCUGGUAUGAACCUUUCCUGUUUAAUUUCUUAUAUAGAGACCUAUUCACUGCAAUGAUCAUUGGUUGUGCAUUAUGCGUGACUCUUCCAAUGAGUUUAUUAAACUUUUUCAGAAGCUAUAAAAAUAACACCUUGAAACACAAUUCAGUCUAUGAAGCUAUGGUUCCCUUCUUUUCUCCAUGUUUGCUAUUCAUUUUGUCUACAGCAUGGAUCCUCCGGUCACCUUCAGAUAUUUUAGAGUUACAUCCUAGAGUAUUCUACUUAAUGGUUGGAACAGCCUUUGCCAAUAUCACAUGUCAGCUGAUUGUUUGUCAAAUGAGCAGUACCCGGUGCCCAACUUUGAAUUGGUUUCUGGUUCCUCUCUUCUUGGUUGUCAUAGUGGUAAAUGUAGGAGUGGCCUCUUACAUUGAGAGCAUUCUCCUGUUUACAUUAACAACUGCUUUCACUCUGGCCCACAUCCAUUAUGGAGUACGAGUGGUAAAGCAGCUGAGCAACCAUUUUCAGAUUUACCCCUUCUCAUUGAGGAAACCAAACUCGGAUUGACUAGGAAUGGAAGAAAAGAAUAUUGGCCUGUAAUCUACAGAAAGAAGUACUGUAAAUAAGAUGCUUGUAAAUAUUUCAUCCAUCACCAUUGAACUAAAUUGAUCUGCUUACCAGACAUGGGAACUCAGUGUGUGUGGUACUUGGACAGCAGGAGUGAUACAUAUGAUCUGAACUUGUGGAAUUUUGGACCUACUAACUCCCAGCUUCUUUUAUUUUGUUUUUUAUAAAGCCAUGUGAUGUUUUGGUUAAACAUAGUAUACAUUAGACCAGCAAAAUGUUCCUAGUAAUUUUAGCUUCAGGAGUCCAUAAUGUUUUGGUUUAUACAGAGUUAAAGAUGCCUUGGUUUUUAUUUUUAAAACCCCCAAAUUUGUUUAGGAACACUGAUAACAUUCAGAAGACCCAAUAUGUUUUCAUAUUUGGUACCUAGUAGUAGGUCUUUAGCUAUGGAAGCUAUCAAUAGCCCAAAUCCAACAUAGGGAAAAGAUAAGAGCAAGUCACCUUCAGCAAGACAUGCCAAAUGAUUACAAAACAAUAUACAGUUGCCAAAUACUGGUUUCUCUUUCCCAUGGAAAUGCCUUUUGUCCUCAUGUGCUGAGAGAGCUAAAAAAGAAAAAAAUAUAUAUAUAUAUGUGUGUGUAUAUAUAUAUUUAGGUUCGCUAGUAUUCUGAUUCUCUUUGUUAUGGAACGGAUCUUGACAAAUGGUUUAAUUUUCUUUUAAAGAAAAAUAUUCUCUUGGGACUUAGUAGAGAAUGGAUUGUAAUUACAGCUCACUCAUUGGCAUGGCUCAUUGUUUAAAUGUGGCAUUUUUCCCCCUCAGCUGCAAGUUGCUGAGAUUUGGUGCCUAUGAACUAUGAUCAUAUGAAUGCAUGUGACAGUCCCAGUCUUACAGUAAUUACUUGUGAAGAACACAGAUAUACUUCCUUACAAGAAAAAUUUUCUUAGGAGUUAGGAAUCUCACGAACCUCACUACGAAAUUACUACUGUGAACCUCACUAUGAAAUUAGUUUUCUGAUUUAAUUUGUCCUUCCUCUCUCCCUCUUUUUCUGUGGAGGAGAGUGCUGUGUUUUUUAUUUCAUACAGGAUAAGGAAAUAGAAAUUCUCUCCUCCCCAACUUGCUCACUUCCCCACUUGAAGAAAAUUUUUGAUAUAUAUGCCUUACUGAGUAUGUGCUCCCUUUAUGUGACUUGGAGUAAUUUUUUAGGUUUAUUGACAAACAUAAAAAUCUCUUUGACUUUAAUAUGGUUGUUUUAUGAUCACACCUUUCCAUGAAUGUGGAUAUUCUAUUUCUCUUUUUAUUUUGUCUCCAUUUAAUUUGGUGGUGAUGAAGUUUACUGGCUGAUUUUCUUUUAUUUUCCACUGAAUGGAGUUUGUGCUUGAAUGAAGAGUGUAUCUUAAACCCUUUUUUUUGGAUGGAUUGCACUUGGAUAAAAUAGGCACCACUUUGUUGAUAUGUAAUUAAAUCCAUAAUCGUUAUUUAUCUGUGAAUGUGACCAUCGUCAAAUUUAAUUAUAGUGUAUUCCUCUGUUGGAUUUUAGUCUGCUUUGUAAAAAUAACUCUGUAAUUGAUAUUUCAGAUUUUAAAUGUGUAAAGUCUAAUCAUUGUCAUUCAGGUCAUUAGAAAUGAGGCAUCAAGGAGCUAACACGUGGUUCUUUACUCAUUUUAAAAAACUGUAAAGGUUGAGGUAUAUUUGGUGACUUUCUCUGAGACAAAAAUGAACACUGAAAAUAGGUGAGAAAUUGAUGAAGGGAAAUAUGGGUAGUGAUUUCAUGUUUGCUAAUAAAGUGCCGUCAUGGAGGUCAGAGAAUGAACUAAUUAAGUAAAAGUAACUAUUUUUUGUACACCUUGUUCUGUGUCAUCUGUAAAAUUGAACUGGAUAAAGUGUUAAUUUGGGCCUGGAACAAAGCUUUGUUUUAAGGUUCUGAGCUAAUCAUUUUAUUGUUUUGUUGACCUUGUAUACAAAAAUGAGGUUAAUCUGUAUUAUAAAAGAACUGAUAAAUAUUUAUAAAAUGACAGAUGUGGACCACAGGCUUUCUUUACCACGUACAGUAUAGUAAAAACAACAACAACAACAGAAACCCUUUACUUCUGGCAUAGGGUCAUGUCCUGUAAUUUUGGGGCUGUUUUACCUCAAAGUGUGUUUCUGCUCUUUUUCUGUUGCAUCAGGUUUAUUUGAAAAUUGUUUUGUGCCUAUACGUUAUAACAUAUUUCCCAAUGGUGGUUAAGAAUUAUGCUAUAGUCAGUUUUAUUGGCAUCGUUUGAUGAAAGAUGGCUGUCAAGAAGAUAAAAGAUGAAAAGUGAGUAAUUAACUGUUACAGAAUACUGUGGACUUGUGAAUCUUCAGUGUACUGUUGACCCUUUUUCUUGUUAGUCUGCUGUCUUGAAGUGCGUCGUGAAAGUCCCCAUUUGUUAUGUAGUGAUACAGCAGCCGAAGCAGGACUUCAUUACAAAGAGCUCUUGUGAAUUUACAUCAUUGCCAAUUAUCAUAACAUUUCCGAAGUACAAAAUAUCUUUUAGGCUUAUGCAUGAUAUUUUGGAGUGCGUUCACACCCCAGCCUUUCUCCCAGCAUACACUGAGCUGCCUUUUGGGGAGCAGUGGCAUGAUUGGUCAUACAUGCAUGUUUUCUGUACAUUUCAGAAUAGAGUGCCUUAGCCAGGCCAGAGGUUUGCUUUGUGUUUCUUCUGACCAAAAUUACCUACACCUGUAAGAAGUUUCUUUUCAGGUUAUGGUAUGAAAAAUGUCCUUUAUGCUUGUCAGAAAGUAAUUCCCCUAUAUUUGAGGGGGGCAUGGAUUAGAAAAAUCUUAAAAAAUACCUGAGUAUGUUAAUGCUGCCUUUUAUGAUCCUUCAAUAGCAUUCAUGAUCCUAGUGUAACGUACAGUUUAAAAUUGCCACAAUUUAACCAACAUUCCUCCCUUAAUGUGUAAUAGACAUAGUUUAUGGGUUCUAGUCUUAAGGGUAAUAGAGUGAAUAACUUCCACAUAAAGAACUAAAUAGUCUCCCCUGGCAUUUUAAUAAUAUCAUGGUUAAAUUACUUUUAAUUGUAAUUUUUAAAAGAAGGUUCAAUGCUGAUUAUGGCCUAGAAUGUUAUAGGACUAUUACCAGCAUUUCAUUUUUUUAAAUAUAGAGCUGUUGGGAAGAGGAGUGUAUGUCUAGGGUUGCCCAAAUUCUAAAUAGUUACCAAAAGAAUAUUGGUCAUGACCUAGAGCCUGGGCAUUGGGGGAACAUGCAAAGGAGAAAGCAGGCAUAGUGUCCACUUUAAGGGGAAGAAGAGAUCACUUUAGUGCCCAAUGAUCCUACUGCAGUGCACAGUUUAAAAGUGUCACAACUUAGUCAUUCCUCUACUAACUUCAAGUUCAAAUGUGAAUUUGAAAGACUCCUAAGUGUUCAGUUUUCAAAGAAUUAUUUUAUUUUGUAGUCAGUCUAAAAACAUUUGGAAUGUACCUUGCUUUCCAAAGCAGACUUUGAUUCUCUAAGUUAUGGAGGAUAAGAAGAUAAUCUGAAGGUGUUUGAAUCAAAGGCUACUUUCCCCCUUUAUAUUUUAACAAGAAGCCUAUUUGUAACUCGUCCUGCUCAUUCUUCACCUGGGUUUUUAACUAGCCACUGUCCAGGACAGAGACGCCCACUUGCUCUGUCGCCCCUAGAUCUCGCCACAUUCACAUCUCCUCAAUUGCCUUAUCUCUCUUGACUAGUCAAGGACUGGGAACAUGCCAGAGGGAACAAAGUAAACCUGAUGGACUAGAACAUUUGAUGUCGGGUCCCCAAAUAAGCCAAAAACAGAUACAGAAAUCUUUGAUUGUGUUGAUUCUUACGUUCAGAGUGGCCUUUAUCUUGACCUCAGUUCUGGACUUGCCUGAGCACUCUAUAGGAAAUUUGUGAAGUCAGACUAGAAUUUUCUUUGUCCUAUGAGGUGUCCUUGUAAGGCAGCAUGCCCAUUCUUGAACACCCUGUGGGUGAAUAACCUUAAGUGAGCUGCCAGUAGUUGAACCUUCCAGGAAGAAUUUUAACUAGUAUGCUGCAUUUGAAGCACUUUGACAUGUACAUUUUAAGUGACAGUUUUAACAGUAAAAUGGUGUUAAAUAAAUCACUGUGAAACUUGAAAGCUAGAUGCCCUGUACAUUUUAGGAAGCUUAAGUAAAUUUCUGAUUUUCCUUUAUUAAUUAUGUAACCCAUGUGAUUUGUAUAUUUUACUUUUCAUCUUUGACAGUGGUGCAAAUGACUGACUUAUUGGCAGGCAGUUACUUUAGGAUAUAUGGUAAAUCGUGGUUGUCUAACUUUUCCAGAGAAAGUGGCAAUGUGUUUACUUCUUCCUUUGUGUGAAGCCAUGGGAAUUGGAUUUACUGGCUAAUUUAUUUCCAGGGUUUCUACAGUGCAAAAUAAACGUAACCUUUUAAACAUGCUAGUAAUGCUUUCCUUUUUAAUAAAAAUGCAGGAGAUAGUAAUCCAGCUGAUUGAUUGUUUUUAAGCAGAGACCUGCUCUUCUUACAGACAGGUCUUAAAUGAGCUAAUAUUUUGGGUAGCAAAAGAAGUUUUGCCGUUUGUAGCCUUUUUCACAGGUGGCCUGAGUGAGGGGGUUGUGUUGCAUUUGGUCAGAAAGGCCCGGUCCCCAGAAUUGGCAAAUGGCACAUGGAGUGAUUCUAGAAUAAUUUAACAAAGCCUUGUCUUGAGGAGAGUCCAUUUGGACACAACAGAAGUAUUGUCUCCCACAGGCCAUUAACAUUGUCUUGUUCUCCAUAGAAUCAUUCUUAGAAAGCUAGGUUCAAUCAGAGGAGUGUUAUUUUGAAAGCAUGUGAAUUGGAUCAUGGCCAUGGUGUACCUAAUGCUACAUUGUAAUUAGAGACAGUAGUGAAGAUGCAAGGAGUGGCUAAAUGCUGUGGAUGCCUUAUGGCUCUUAGGCUAAGGGCUUCUCUUGAGAAGUUUCUAUGGGUAAUAAUUAGAAUAGGAAUUGAUUCCGACUUUUUAUUGAAACAGACAAUUUACCGUGAAUUCUAGAUUCUGAUAUUCUUGAGAAGCACUUUUUAAUCUCUGAAGAGUAAGUUCUUGGCCAGAAGCAUGUUUAGUUUAGUACUUGAUGUUACUAAUCAGGUUAUAGGAGGAUCCUGUUUUAUUUUACGAGAUCUGUGAAUGCUGCAUUAUGAAUCUGUUUGAAUUACUGGUAUCAUUCAGUAUCAGACUUAGUUUAAUAAGUACUAAUUAAGACUGCCCACAAUAUGAAUAUUUUUUGUAGGUUAUUUUGUUUAUAUAACUUAUCCCAUUAGAGCAGCCAUUCAGGAGACAAAGACCCAGCUACGUGUAAUCAUUUCCUCUUUCUGGAAUGUGCCAAGAAAGCAGAAUUCAGUAUUAAACUCCAAAUUUCAGUUUUGUUUUUUAAAGUAGCAUUUCCUGUGGGUAAAGGGGAAGGCAGCGGGCAACUGCUGAGGUGUAAACUCCCUGCUGCCUGCCUUCUCCCUUUCCCUUCCCAUCUAACAGAAUAGAUUAAGUUUGUAGCCAGUUGUAGGAAAUGAAAUCGAUACUUUUCUGAGUAAGGUUUCAUGCCCUGUGACUAAGAAUAGGCGGCAGGAAUCCUGGCAGAAUCAAUUAUUGAUUUGUUUAGCUUGGUCCUGUUGCAGGUUGCUUUCUGUAGUAUUCUGAUUCCAUCCCUUCUCAGGUACCUAGAAACAAUACCACUUAAGUAACUGGAAUGUGCUUGCUACAAGUGGAAUAUAUUAGAGAAGAUGAAAGGAGCGCAAAGUCUUAUUUUCCCUUUCAAGUAGUUUAAUUGAAUAUGUUAGUAACUGGUCUGUCUAGCACUUGCUGUGUUCAUAGCAAAUAAUGUAGCAUUUAUUUUAUCUGGUUAUGUGUGGUGUGUGUAUAUAUGCGUAUUUAAUAUGUACACAUAUUCUCUGUGCACAUAUAUGUAUGAUAUAUUCGUAUAUACAUGCGGUCUACUCUUGAUUAUCAGCAAGAUGGUAAGCCUUCACUGGACUGUUUCUUCAUGUUGACUAAACCUGCAUGUAGCCCAUAACUCUGUGAAGCCUCUUCCUUAUCCGGAGCCAUAGUCUUUCCUACUUUCCAUUCAUCUAAGUCCCCAAGAAAGGCCCUUGACAUACGUCACUUUCCCCUUCCCUUUCACCAGGGACUGUGUGAGCCAGAAAGCUUUUGAGAAAGAUGGUCGCUUCCACCAGAGUUGAGGCUUCUGGGUCUGAAUGAUGAUGGGCCCAUUCCUGGCCAGAGGGCAGCCCCUGGAGCAGUUGUGCUCUUGGGCUUGAUGGGGGGGAAAAUCUAGCUCUUAUGGGAAAUGGGGCUUCACAGUUUGCUUAAAUUCCUUAGCUGGAAUGUUGUGAAGUCUUAGAUAAUUCGAUGUGCAAAUAGAGUACAACGGUGCAUUUCACCAUUAGUAUUGUGUCAUCGGUGAUCCUGUUGCUAGCCCAGAUAAUCAAGACCUUGACUGUUUCUUGCCACUGGAUUCUGGAAGCCUUGCCCUUUCAACUGGAUUUGUGUUUUAUUUCUGCUGCUGUGAAACACAAAAGUAAUGCAGUAGGUUUUAACUUAAAAUUGUUUAAUUCUGUUACUGAUAUUUAUUGUAAUAAAAGUAAAGAGAAAAUGAUUUUUAAAUCCUUUUAA